UGACAAGAGGAGUUGGUAGAUUUAGAGAGAUACUAAGAGCUGUUGAAACGAGAACUACACAAAAUCUGCGAAUGACAAUAGCAAGGCAAUUAGCGGAAAUUUUGUUACGAGGCAUGUGUGAACAGAGUUACUGGAAUCCCCUGGAAGACCCUCCUCACCAGUCGCCCCUAGAUGACCCACUUCGAAAAGGUUCAAAUACAAAGAAUUAUGCACUCAGUAGAAGACCACGAGUAUACACUGGAGAAAACAUCUUCUGUCCUCAAGAAAAUACAGAAGAAGCCUUACUCUUGCUGCUUAUUAGUGAAUCUAUGGCUAACCGUGAUGCUGUCCUGAGCAGAAUACCAGAACACAAAAAUGAUCGGAUCAUCAGUUUGCAAAGUGCAUCUGUAGUCUAUGAUCUGCUCACGAUAGCCCUGGGACGAAGAGGCCAAUAUGAAAUGCUAUCAGAGUGUCUAGAAAGAGCCAUGAAGUUUGCGUUCGAAGAGUUUCAUCUCUGGUAUCAGUUUGCAUUGUCCUUGAUGGCAGCAGGAAAAUCUGCUCGAGCAGUUAAAGUGCUGAAGGAAUGCAUCCGUUUGAAACCAGAUGAUGCAACUAUUCCCCUCCUAGCUGCAAAGCUCUGUAUGGGAUCUCUCCACUGGUUGGAGGAAGCAGAACAAUUUGCCAAAACUGUUGUUGAUCUUGGGGACAAAACGUCGGAGUUCAAAGCAAAAGGCUACUUAGCCCUGGGACUGACCUACAGCCUGCAGGCUACUGAUGCAUCUUUGCGAGGGAUGCAAGAGGUCUUGCAGAGAAAGGCUCUUCUUGCAUUUCAGAGGGCUCACAGUUUGUCUCCAACAGAUCAUCUGGCAGCGUUUUACUUGGCCCUGCAGCUUGCCAUAUCCAGACAGAUACCAGAAGCUUUGGGUUAUGUUCGUCAGGCUCUGCAGCUACAAGGAGAUGAUGCCAACUCCCUUCAUCUACUUGCACUCUUGCUAUCAGCACAGAAACACUAUCAUGAUGCUUUGAAUAUCAUUGAUAUGGCCUUGAGUGAAUACCCAGAAAACUUUAUAUUGCUGUUCACAAAAGUCAAAUUGGAAUCCCUGUGCAGAGGCCCAGAUGAAGCACUCCUUACGUGUAAACACAUGCUUCAGAUUUGGAAAUCCUGCUAUAAUCUCACUAACCCAAGGGAUUCCGGACGUGGGAGCAGCCUCUUAGACAGAGCUAUUGCUGAUAGACGGCAGCUUAAUACAAUUACCUUACCAGAUUUCAGUGAUCCUGAAACAGGUUCAGUCCAUGCUACGUCAAUAGCAGCUUCCAGAGUGGAGCAAGCGUUGUCUGAGGUUGCUUCAUCUUUGCAAAGCAGUGCCCCCAAACAAGGUCCCCUGCAUCCUUGGAUGACUCUGGCUCAAAUCUGGCUUCAUGCAGCUGAAGUCUACAUAGGAAUCGGGAAGCCAGCGGAGGCCACAGCGUGUACCCAGGAAGCUGCUAAUCUCUUUCCCAUGUCGCACAACGUUCUCUAUAUGAGGGGCCAGGUGGCUGAACUCCGUGGAAAUAUCGAUGAAGCCAAACGCUGGUAUGAAGAGGCCUUAUCUAUUAGUCCUACCCACGUGAAAAGCAUGCAGAGGCUGGCUCUGAUACUUCACCAGCUCGGGCGCUACAGCUUGGCCGAGAAGAUCCUGCGCGACGCCGUGCAGGUGAACUCCACGGCCCACGAGGUGUGGAACGGCCUCGGGGAGGUGCUGCAGGCCCAAGGCAAUGACGAUGCCGCCACCGAAUGCUUCCUGACGGCGCUGGAGCUGGAAGCGAGCAGCCCUGUGGUCCCGUUCACCAUCAUUCCCAGAGUCCUUUGA